AUGCCAACAGCAAUUGGUCUUUUACCUUCUCAACAAGAAUCAUUUGAACAUCAUGAAGAAUUAAAUUUAUCAGAUUUAACAAAACGUUUUGAUGAAGAUAUUUUAAACAAACAUUUAGUUGUUACAUUUCGAGAUAUUGGUUAUUCACUUUUUCUUGAUUCUGUUCAAAGUAUACCUGAUCAACAUGAUCAAACAAAAACUCGUAUUUCAGGAAAAAUGAUUGUUGAUGGUAUAUGUAUUCAAUUUCUUGGUUGUUUUGAUUGCAGUAAUAAAACACCAGAUCAUUCUGAUGUUCAACAAAUAAAUGGUGUUGGAAGAGUUCAAUUAGAUGAGGAUUAUUAUCGAGAAUUAUCAACAACACAAAUAUUUACAGAAGAAAAAAGUAUUGACUCAUCAGGACACAUUGAAGCCAUGACACAAACAGAAAAAUCAAUAAUUAAAACAAAAACACGAUCUCGAACCAUAAGUGAAAAUCUUUUAGGAAAAAAUCCAUACAAUAAUCCUUUAAAAAGUCCACCAUCAUCUCUUUCUAAUUCACGUUCUCAUUUACAUUCACCAAGUCAUUUACCAUAUACAUUACGAUCACCCCGUACAAUUAAUCAUGCUAAUAAACAACAAUAUCAAGCAUCGUCACCAAUUAAUAUUGAUAGUUCAUCAGUAUCAAGAAGUUCCGGUUUUCAUUCAUCACUUAUAUCACCUUCAUCCAGUGUUCCAAGUUCAUACAAUGAAAAUACUCUCGAUUUACCACCACCACAUCAUAUACCAAUGUUCUGUCAUUCACCUCAAAUUUCAUCAUCUUUUCAUAAUCCUACAACAAUGCCUAUACGAAUUCCUUCCUCAACAUCAUCAAAUAAAGGUAUUCCACCAGCAUCAUUACCACACUUAACUGGUAUGUCUCCAACAACUCAAUCACAUUCAUUACCAAAUUAUUUUCUUCCUCAUCCAAAUUUUGCUUAUUUAAUUACAAAUUCAAAUCAACAUUCAACACAACCAUUUCAUAUAAUAACUCCUUUAAAUCAUCAUUCAUUGCAAUAUCCUAAUACACAUUAUUCAACAUUAUCACAUAUACAAUCAAAUUCAAUAAAUGAAACAUUUUCUUCAUUACAAAAUAAACGAUCAGAUAGUGAAGAAAAUAAACAAACUCAACCAAUGGAUAUAAGUAAACAAUCUGAAGAACAAUUACCAUUUAAAAAACGACGUCAUACUGGUCAAUCAUCAGUAUAUUCACCAAUGGAUACUAAUCAUGAUGACGAUGAAGCAUCGAAUGAAUCGAUGAAAAAAUAA